UUCCAUUGUGAUUCAUUCUUUUGGUGCAAAAAAAAUGGAAGACGCUCAGGAAGAUUUCAUGGAGCAGGAGCAGCAGGAGGAGGAAGAGGAGGAGGAGGAGGAGGAAUACGAAGACAAACCGCUAACAUCGCCCUACAAUCCCCCUUACCGCCAGACUCGACUGCACGUCCAGAGAAGUAGCAUCUGCUCCCGGGCUUAUUUCGUCGUGGUUAUGGUCUUCUUUCACGUGUAUAUCCUGAAUGUUAUCGGCUUGUUGCUCUACGUGCACUACAACAACGGCCCCGGGGAUCUUGUCAACGGAGACGGGGCUAGCUCGGCAUCAGUCGGCGACAGUGAAACCUCUUUGCCCCAUCCUGCCCCAGCUUCAAGAGAGCUGCAUGUGGAGGACUACAGUCAAAGUUUCAGCCUCCCUCGCAUUGAGGGUAUACGGGUGGGUCAUGUUCAGCAGGUGUCCCUCGUGCCGGACAGAACCCACGAGAUGAAGACGAUCAGCCUGAAACCUCUGCUGUUCGAGAUCCCUGGCUUCCUGUCUGAGGAAGAGUGUCGUGUGGUGGUGCAGCUGGCACAACUCAAGGGUCUGAUGGAGAGCCAGACAACAGCACCCAGCCAAGAACAAGAGGAGUCAAACCAGCCACUACUUUCCCUCAGCACAGAGGAGGUCUUCAGUCUGUUGGACCUAAACCAGGAUGGACUGCUUCAGAAGCAGGAGAUUGUGAGUCACUCACGCUCUCGAGAUGGAACUUGGUUGAACCCAGACAAUUUACGGCAGAUACUCACUGGUCUGGAAGUGUGCCCAACAGGGAUGCUGACCCUGGAAGACUUUAGGCGUGUUUAUGAUGUGUCCCAGAACCCAGGACAGCAGCGAAGCUGGAAGCUCAAAAGUCAGUUCAAACAGAGAAGCAAACAUACAUGGCUUUACCAAGGACCAGGAUCUCACCAUGUCCUGCACACACUCAGGAACAGACUAACCAGCCUGACGCGUCUGCCCUCUGCAUUGGUUGAGCUGAGUGAGCCGCUGCAGGUGAUUCGCUAUGAGCACGGAGACUUCAGUAAUGCCCACCAUGACAGCAGUGCUUCUCAUUCAGAGACUAUCUGUGCACACACACGAUUAGCAGGAAACACAUCUGCUCUCACAGAGGUCUCCUGCAGAUAUCUUACCAUGUUAUUCUACCUCAGCUCUGUUGAGGAAGGUGGUGAGACCACCUUUCCUGUGGCAGACAACCGUACCUAUGAGGAGCAGGCACUGAUCCAGGAUGGAGUUGAUUUGACAGAUACCCAGGAGACAUGUGCGAGGGGGAACCUGAGAAUGAAACCUACUGCUGGGACAGCUCUCCUCUGGUACAACCAUCUCUCUGAUGGUAGAGGUUGGAUGGGUGAGCUAGAUGAGUAUUCCCUGCAUGGCGACUGUCCAGUCAGGCGUGGGGUAAAGUGGGUGGCCAACAGCUGGGUAAAUGUGGACCCAGAUCACCAGCAGCAGGCCCGCUACCAGAGACUAGUUGCUAAAAGGUAUCAAGCUAAGUCGGGCAUGGAGGAGCAUUACCAACCUCUCUCACACAGUGACCUCCACCAGGAUUUAUAGCCGGGCCUUUUUAAUGACGGGACAAAGCAACAGUAAAUGUAAAACUGAGUCAAUCUUGCAUCUAUGAGGCCAGUGAGGCCUGACAGACUUUUCCACAAUGGCGGAUGCUGUAGUCGAAAUGAAAAUUGCACAAAAAACCUUCCCAGAUAUCUUUGUCAUUUCAGUAAAUCUGUCUUGCAUCAUAUUACGUCUCUCAAGCCACUGGACAUAUACUUAAUAUAUAAGUUAAUUUCAUUAGGAACGUUUGGUGAAUUUUAAUGUAGAAUUGUGGUGGGCAGAUGCAUUGGUAAUAACAUACAAAUAAAUGAAAUAGAGUGAAUGCCAUUUUAUUACGCCUUAAAGAAAACCCUUAUUUAGAAUACCAGAUAUAUACUAUAUGGAGACCGUGAUGCAGCCAGUCUGCUUCUCUGCCUUCCAUUUGGGUUUACUAUGCAUCUGCCCUUCAGUGUUAUUUAUUGUAGAAUUAAAAGCCUUUUGUUACAAGCCAUAUCGCAAUAUUCAUCCGUGAAUGUGUUCAUGAGGGACGUUUUUUGUGAGAUCAUUUCUAUCCAUUCUUGUUUGUCUCUUAGAGUUUAUCAUGAAAUGUUAUUUAAUAAGGAGUUUGCCACACCGACUGCAAACGUGGGGCCGUUCUUGCCUGGACAAAACGAUUGCUUGUCACACUGGCUGUGGGAGGCGAGCCCUUUCAGGUGUAAUUCAAACUUAGGUCUUUUAUUUAUUUAUAUAUAUAUAUAUUACUUUUGUUUGUGUUUCUUAUCCUUGCAAAUCAAAGAUAUUUAAUUGUCUGAGAGUAUUUAUUUGAGUGUUUGUGUUUUAAUUUAUUACCAGUAUGAUUUAAGUUAAGGGAAUGCAUAUUUAUUACAGUUUGAUGUUGCACUGAAUCUGUAUCUGUAUUUUAUUGUAUUUGUUCUAUGUCAUGAACUAUAUAAAGCAAUGUUUUGUUAGUGCCGUUCUGAGUGUGCUCAUUCAUGCAAACCUGUUGACGUGGACAAUGUCCACUAGAUGUCGCCCAACGUUAAAUACAACACUACAAUGUCUGUGAGUUAAAUACAGAAAUGGUUCUCAAAUUCAGUAUGGCCAGUGACUGCGGCAAAAAUCACCUUUCAAACCACAAACAUACUUUUGUGAGCUUUGAUCCCCCCACAGGCACAGUGCUAGUGGGUGAAGGUUAGGCUUCCUUCAGUAGUAGGAAAGGUGGUGGUGAAGAUUUAGGGGAUAUGGGCCCUGUGAGAGAGCACACCUAAAGGUAGGAAAAGGUUUUCCACAGUUAAAGUUGAAAAAGUUACUUAUUUAUUUGGGGGACACUUCGCACCCCAAGUUGCAUGCCCUUCACUCCGUCGUCUCAACAAUAUGGAGCAACUAAAGCAGAGCAAGACGCCACCCGACAGCUCUUUGGGGGCAUUUAUCUGCAGUUAUUUGUGUGUGUGUGUGUGUGUGUUUUCAGGUCAAGGACAGAGGCAGUGCAAUAAACCCAUCCUUGUGACUCUUGUCUCACUUUGACUGAGUGCUGCUGCUGAUGCUGUGCGCACCGCACUGUGCUGACUUUAGCCAAUCAACAGAGCCGGCGGCGGGAGUAGGCGGGGUGAGCGUCCAUCAUAGCUAACGGACCGUGCGGCAGGUCACAUUCUUCGUUUCGCCCGUGGAGCUGCGACAUCACGUAUACAUCUAUGUAGAUAGGUUCAUGGACUUCUGACUGGACUGUUUAUAUACAAGACAUCUUCACCCAAAGGCGCAGUAUAUUUUUCCAUUUAACUGUUAUCCAUGAGAUUCUUCAGGCUUACCUUCAAGUGCUUCGUCGACUGCUUUUGAAUCUCCUUUGUCAACGGCUGAACUGACUGCGGCGCCUUGUGAAAUUUUCCAUCUCUUGGCUCGAGCUGAAGGUUUCCAACGUGUGAUAAUUAUUUUAAAAAAAAAAACAAAAAAAAAAACUGCGAUUUAAAAAAAAA